AUGGCGCGAUGGUGCCACGCCGCGCUGCUGGCGCUGGGGUUCGGUGCCCUCGGUGAGCGCGACGAUGGCGCGCUGCUGCAGAUCGGGGAGAAGCACAAGUCCCAGGCUCGCUCGGGGGCAGUGAUUUUCUACAACCUCUUCAUCAGGUCAGAGAAAGAUAUCCCACGGGUCAGAGAGAUAGUUCAUGAACAGCUGAAUCUGGUGAUGGAUCCCUUGGACCAAGAAAUUCGCAUCAAUUCCAUUGGAGCUUUAAAGAAUCUGUCAGGUCUGAAGUUGUCCAAAGACCUGGAGAAAAGCACCAAACUCCUGGCACACUACGAUGAAGGUUUCGAGGACUUGACGUUGCACGACCUUUGGUCCUUCUGUAAGGGCACGGACCCGCAGCAGUUCGUGGUUUAUUUGCACUCGAAGGGUUCCUUUCAUUCUUGGAAAGGCCGGAACGGCAGACAGCGCUACUAUGUGACUUCUGGGGCUCUUUCGCAGGAGUGUAUGCACAUGCCAAAGCAAUGCAAUGUUUGUUCCUCGCGAAUGACUCCAGUGCCACACCCUCACACCCCUGGCAACAUGUGGGCUGCACGCUGUGGUUACAUCGCCAAACUCAUCGAUCCCAAAGACUUCAGGAAAUUGAUGAACAGCACCGCACUCGCAUCUCACGGGCCCCCCUGGUGUAUUGGCCGUGAACGCUUUUCCAAUGAGCAUUGGGUGAAUUCACAUCCGGAUUGUGCACCCUGCGACCUAGACACCAACCAGAGCUACGUGGUCGGACCUGCUCCAAGCAGCACCUUCGAUAAGAAAUUGGAGAAGGCCCCCCGCUUUGCGAUGUCACAAUACACGAUGCGGUCUAAGAAAUGCGAUUCGGAGACGGGCAGAAGCUUGGCCGAGCGCCUUUCAGAGUAUCGAUAUCUCUACAGCCGUGAUCCUGACGAAGACUGGUGGGGCUGGAGACACUUCUUGCAGAAUUCUUCGAACUCUGCAAAAUUGACAUAA